UUCACACUUCCGGUUAAAAAGUUUCACACAAACUCUAGCAUAUUGCAGUUAUUUUCAAGAGCUAAACGCACAUUUGACACAUCACACAAGUCACAAACAUAUACUAAGACAUUUUCGACCGAAACAUGUCGACGAUCGAAGAAUUAAAAGAGCGAGUAAGAUGCUUAGAAGCAGAAUUAGAAAAAAGUAAAAAAAGUUCUGUUGCCCGGCAAAAAAUCUCACAGAUGAGCUCAGAGGUAGUGGACAGUAACCCAUACAGUCGUCUUAUGGCACUCAAGAGGAUGGGUAUAGUUGACAAUUAUGAGAAAAUUCGGGACUACACUGUGGCUGUAGUUGGAGUUGGUGGUGUUGGCAGUGUCACAGCUGAAAUGCUCACUAGGUGCGGCAUUGGAAAGCUUCUGUUGUUCGAUUACGACAAGGUUGAAUUGGCCAACAUGAACAGACUCUUCUUCCAACCUCACCAGUCCGGAAUGAGUAAAGUUGAGGCUGCAGAGAAAACUUUAAGGGAGAUUAACCCUGAUGUAGAGUUUGAAACACACAAUUACAAUAUCACAACUAUGGACAAUUUUACACAUUUCAUGAACAGAAUUAGCACUGGUAGUUUACAAGGAAACAGCCCUGUUGAUUUAGUACUUAGCUGUGUCGACAACUUUGAAGCAAGAAUGGCCAUCAACACAGCCUGUAACGAGCUUGGUCAGACAUGGAUAGAGUCAGGAGUGAGUGAGAAUGCAGUUUCUGGGCACAUACAGAUGAUAAAACCUGGAGAGACAUCAUGCUUUGCCUGUGCCCCUCCCCUGGUGGUUGCUACGGGAACAGAUGAGAAGACCCUAAAGAGAGAAGGAGUAUGUGCUGCCAGUCUUCCUACCACUAUGGGUAUUGUUGCUGGGUUGCUAGUUCAAAACACCUUAAAGUAUUUGCUCCAGUUUGGUGAAGUGACAUACUAUCUUGGCUACAAUGCGUUACAAGAUUUCUUCCCCAUGAUGUCUCUAAAGCCAAACCCUACCUGUGAUGACAGCUUCUGUAAGAAACAGCAAAACAUAUAUCAGGAAAGGCUUGCUGCAAAGCCAGAGAUCAAGGUUGAAGAGGUCGCAGAGGAAGUCACACAUGAGGAGAAUAACUGGGGAAUAGAGCUAGUAUCAGAAACUAGUGAGUUAGAAUUAAAGGAGGCUGAGGGAGUCAUCCCAGAUCUUGUAGCAGGUGUACGUGUUGCAUAUACCACCCCGGCACCUCAACCUACACAGGAGGCUGAUAUACCAUCAGGAACAGGUGAUGCAACUGAAAGUUUAGAUGAUCUCAUGGCAAAGAUGAAGUCGUUAUAACCAUGGCAACAUAUCACAUGAUCUGACAACAAAUAGAGAACUCUCAAUUUGUAUUUUUCAAGAACAUCAAGG